GGUAGGCGACUCUAAGCAUGGCUGACAGAAUAUCAUGUUUCAAGUGACAGACAGCAGCAGCUGAAUCGCUGGAAGCUGAAUCUUCUCUGGGGAGCUCCUCACAGCAAUGCUAGUGCAGGUGAAUCACUCUUAAUGAACAACUCGUUUAACUGAAUCAGACGGAGCGUGCAGUUGUUAAAUGUGAUGUGUUUGUGUGAAACAGUGUGACUUUUAGAAAUGUAGGUGAAGGAAAUCUGGUGGGAAACAAGACGAAUCGAAAAAAUUGGAUCAGCUCGAUUGAAAUAGUGAGAAAGAAACGAAUCAGUAGAGUGUACUGAUUCACACAAACGGAUCGUUUGAAUGGAAUUAAUAAUAAACUGAAUCGACUCGUGCAAGAAUGUAGCGAAUCGAUGAGGAAAACAAGAUGCUUAACAAAAGAACUGAUCAGUCGAUACGGAGGACUUCUUUGGAGUGCUUCAUUACAGCGAGUCGAUUCAGGAGUCGGUUCAGUGGAGUGAAUUCACUCCAGUAGACGCAUACACACAGACUGGAACUGGAAAGAAUCGGAUCUGUAAAGUGAGUCGCGCUGCCUGCCCGGGACAGGGACAGGGCAGCUGAGCGCGCGCAUAGUUUUGGUGAGCAGCUGACGGCGCGCGCUGCGGGUGGGGGAGUUGUUGGUGAACCGGUGAACCAACCGGAGCGCAGCGCUGAACGUUUCCACCGACCGCGAUGUUUACCUGGCGAGGAUUUGCCGGCAGCAGCGGCAGAACCUGAGCGCGGCGAGCCUUAGCAUGGGACAGCAGCAGCUAUGCUGUCCAGGAAAGGACUUAUCCCGGAGGACUUCGUGGUGACCCGGCUGGCCGAGGAUGUCCUCCAGCCCAAAUACAAGGCGAAGCAGCGCAAGGCGCGCUUCGUGGCCAAGAACGGCGCGUGUAACGUAGCGCACACCAACAUCCGCGAGCAGGGUCGUUUCCUGCAGGACGUGUUCACCACGCUGGUGGACCUUAAGUGGCUGCACACGCUCUUCAUCUUCACCAUGUCGUUCCUGUGCAGCUGGCUGCUGUUCGCCAUGAUCUGGUGGCUCAUCGCCUUCGCGCACGGGGACCUGGACGCGGGGCGGCGCGAGGACGCGGUGCCGUGCGUCACCGACAUCCACUCGUUCACGUCGGCCUUCCUGUUCUCCAUCGAGGUGCAGGUGACCAUCGGCUUCGGGGGGCGCAUGAUCACGGAGGAGUGCCCCUCGGCCGUGCUCGCGCUCCUUGUGCAGAACAUCGUGGGCCUUGUUAUCAACGCCAUCAUGCUGGGCUGCAUCUUCAUGAAGACCGCGCAGGCCAACCGGCGCGCGGAGACGCUCAUCUUCAGCAAGCACGCGGUGGUGGCCGCGCGCAACGGCCGCCUGUGCUUCAUGUUCCGCCUGGGCGACCUGCGAAAGAGCAUGAUCAUCAGCGCCACGGUGCGCAUGCAGCUCGUGCGCCGCGGCGGCACGGACGAGGGCGAGGUGCUGCCGCUCGAGCAGGUCGACGUGCAGACCGACAACCCGGUGGGCACCAACGCCAUCUUCCUGGUGUCGCCCCUCAUCAUCAGCCACGUGAUCGACCGCAGCAGCCCCUUGUACGACGUGUCCGCCGCCGACCUGCAGCGCCAGGACCUGGAGGUGGUGGUGGUGCUGGAGGGCGUGGUGGAGACCACCGGCAUCACCACACAGGCAAGAACGUCCUACGUGUGCGACGAGAUCCUGUGGGGGGAGCGCUUUGUGCCCACCGUGUCCGAGGAGGACGGCAUGUACGCCGUGGAUUACUCCAAGUUCGGAAACACGGUGCGGGUCCCCACGCCCACCUGCAGCGCCAAGCAGCUGGACGAGGAGGGCGGACUGGCCAGAUUCAAGCCCCUCAGAGACGCUGCGGCUGCGGGCAGGAGCUCGGUACGCAGGAGAGUGAAGAAGCAGCAGAGCACCUUCACAGUGGAGUGAGAACUCUUAUUUUGGAGUGGAAACAGGAGGCACUGACGCGUGUGAAUGUGUUUGUGUGUGUGUGUGUGUGUGUGUGUGUGAGUGUAAACGGGCUAAAAUAAAAGAGAGAGGAUGCACGAAACUGGGAUUUUUGCCUGGUGGGAUAGAGAAGAUUUCCUCCCUGCUUGUAACGUUAAUCCUGACCAGUGCUUAACCCACUAAUGUCCACAGCUGCCCUUCAUAAAAGAGGGAUUCAGAAGAUGUAUUAAUUUUUCUAGUUUAUUUUUAAAGGGAGAAGGUAUGGGUAGUCAUUCAGAGUGGUCAGAUAUGAAACUUUAUUAUUUAUUAAUGUACUAUUUAAUGUAGGCUGUUUUAUAUAUAGCAUUUUUACACAGCUUUACAGAGAGAUCUGGGUGUGAGCCCAAGUAAGCCUUGUAAGCCGAGAGAGCCAUAAAUGUCACCAUCAUCAGCAUUAUACACUGACAUGCCAAACAUCAUGGGGCAUGGGACUUAAUGGUUUAUGUGUGUGGAUCCUCCUGCAGUAAAUUUCUUGAACCAUGUGGUCAGUUCUAGCCAGACUUCACCAUUCUGACUGAUCAUUGCUAUCCACUGUGCUGUCCACUGUUGGUAAUAGUAAUAAAAUUUCCCAAUUCA